GUCCAAAACAUUAGCCGUGUUAGCUUCGUUGUUAGCAUGAAAACCUAUAAACUUAUCUAAAAACUGGACAGUUGUUUUUAAAUCUGCAUGAAACCACGCGAUAAACAGCGCUGUUAUGCUUUCAUCGACCGUUAUCGUAGUGUACGUGGCCUCCCUCAUGUUACCGUGUCGGUGUUGUCUCCAGAAGGAGUACGAAGCGACUGACGGGCAGUGCUGUCCGAUGUGCCACGAAGGUACAGUUGUUAGAAGAGACUGCACAUUAGACGCAGGCACACGCUGUGUCCAGUGUGGGGAUGGCACUUAUAUGAACCAACCCAAUGGCCUGAGGAAAUGUUUCCUCUGCACCAACUGUAACCAAGGUCUCUUUGAGCAGCGGAAGUGUACAGCGUCAAGCGACACGGUGUGUGACGUCCAAACAGGGUACUUCUGCAGAACUUUGGCAGAUGGUGCAGGGUGUAGUUUGGCAGAGAAACAUACACUGUGUUUACCCGGUCAGAGGGUAAAAGAACCUGGAACCAGCAGAACUAAUACAGUGUGUGAAGACUGUCAGCAAGGCUAUUUUUCACGGGAUGGUGUGAACUGCACGGCGUGGACCACUUGCUCAGAAACCCAAAUAAAGUUGAAAGAAGGAAGCACGAGCAGUGACGUCAUCUGUGGAUCUGCUUCAUCAUCAAGACAUCAUUACCCAUUAAUACCUGUGUUAUUAUUAACAUUAACAGUUGCUGUGAUUCUAAUCAGAGGUAGGCUAACAUCAAAAAAACAUGAAGAUAACUGAAGGGGUCCAACUGUAGACUUGUGUAUGACAUGGAGCACACACACAUACAUACAUACCAUACACCUUACCUGUGUUUGCUUUGCUGAUCUUAUACCAAGCAGCAUGUGUCUUUGUGUGUGUGUCUUCUAAUUCCUCUGUGCCAUCCAGAGCCAAUGUUGUCUAAAAACUCUUAACAAGACUAACAGUGUACGACGACACCUGCAAAACACCUGGCUAACAAGCUCAAGCUGAAGAUGCUAACAUGCUGAUGUUUAUUAACAUUUACUAAUCAGUCUUAAACACAAAGUACAUCGACAUCCAAAGGUCAUUAGAUUAGCAGGUGUCUGGUCAAAACACAAGUUUGCUCUGUAGAGUGAGCCAGGCAGAGGCGGUGGUAGUAGCUCAGUCUGUAGGGACUAGGCCUGAGAAUAGGAGGCUAGGCAGUUAAGCUCCAGCAUGGACCAAAGAAUGGAGGACAGACUGGUAGCUGGGCACUGCCGAAGUGCCCUUGAGCAAGGUAGCAACUGUACCUAACUGCUCCCAGAGCGCUGAUGCGUGACUAUCCAUCAGUCCACCAUCACCCCACAUUUGUACAUCUAUCAGCCCUUUGUGUGUGUGUGUGUGUGUGUGUGUUUCCUAAGCUUGAAUGAGUUCGAGCGAUGAAUGUAGUUACUGUUCUAUUCUGUGUUAAGUGUUUUUUGUUUUAUUAUGUGGCUCAUUCCCAUUCCCAUUUCUCAUUCCCUGUCUCUCUCUGCCCACAUUCCUGUCACUCUUCAGGUGUCUCUAUCCAAAAUAAAAAGCUUGAAAAGGCCAAAAAAAUAAAAUAAAAUACCAAUAAAAAAGGAUUUUUAAUACAGAAAUGUCAGCCUACUCAGAAAUAUGUUCAUAUAUGGGCACUCAAUACGGCGUGGCAUCAGUGUGGCGUGGCAUGCAGGCGAUCAGCCUGUGUCACUGCUCAGGUGUUAUGAAAGCUCAGGUUGCUUUGAUAGUGGCCUGUUAGGUCUGGUGUCUCUCAUCUUCCUCUUGUUGUAGAUGUUACAUUCUUUUGUAGAUGUUUUAAUACUGAUGAACCAAUGAGCCAGACACAGAGCAGUGUACAGCUAACAGAUGGUUAUACAGGUUUACUUAAACUGUUUGCAAUACAUCAAGGCGAGGUUUUGUAUACAUUGGAUUUCUUUUUAUAUUUUUGCUUUUGCUUGUUAUACUUGUAUUGUUUUGUGAAUCCAUGCGGGUACACAACCCUUGAAAAUUUUACUCACCAUCACAAUUAUAUCAGUUAUAAGAAACAUCUUGGUAGUGCAGCUUAAUACUGACGAACCAAUGAGCCAGACACAGAGCAGUGCACAGCUAUCAGAUGGUCAUACAGGUUUAACUUUACAAUACAUCUUUGUAUCAGAGUGAUUAUUCAUGUUGACAACAAUAUUAUUGACGGGUUGAUCACAUCCAGUCUCUGCGAGCUAGUAGAUAUUAAAAGCUUGGCUUGGGCGUUAACUCAGCUUAAAAACUGUGCAUGCCUGACCUCUUGUAGUCAAGGCGAGUUUUGACAUAAUUCAACUUGUCCAUGUACUGAGAUGAACACACUUUAAACACAAGAAAUGAUCACAGUAAAAAUAAGGCUGAUUCACGAGUGUUUUAGCUCACAGCAGUGUCCAGUCAGGUUUUUGAAUCGGCCCGGUGUAUCUUCUGCUUUUUUAAUAACAAGAGGAAUUAAAUGUGCGGUUUUGCACAAAAGCCAUUUCUUCGUCCUCCUUUCCUCUAACACUUUUGCCCGGACUCUACGACACCAGUUACCAGCAACGAGCCAAAGGUUUUUAAAAGGUAACACUAUGUUACUGGUUUAUAACCCUGUCUAAUGCCUAAUCUCAGUACCUUGUGCGUGAAAUUAAAUAUUUGAGGUCUUAAUUAAAGUCGAUUCUGAGAAAUA